AUGAAGAACAAGAAAGAUCUUGGACUCAACUUCAACCCUGGUCCGUCUGCUCCAAGGGCUGAUGGCACACGCGAUGCCAAUCCAAAUGUCAUUGGCCCCUUCAACAACUUCGAUGGCCUCCUCUCUCACAUAGCAGCUCAGAGGGCCACUAUGGAGCAAUCAGCUGAUGACGCAGAUUCAGAAGAUGUGCCACCUCCACCAAAGCAGAAAGAGAAGAAAUCAAAAGCUUCGAAGCCUUCUGCCGCACCAAAAGCUUCGACUGUGAAGCCAUUGGCCACUGCACCUCCUGAACCCGCCGAUGAAGAUCAAGAAACAAGAGAAGAAGAAAGAGUUGCCACACCCCCUGCUACUGAUCCAGUCAUUCUCGAGGAGAAUGUGAUCGUGCCCGACCCUCCUAUUAUUGAAGAAAUGGAGGUUGAAAACACUAAGGCUGCCACAAACAAUACCACUGACGCCACUAACAAUGUCAUGGCUGAAGACAAUGUGGAGCCUGAAGCUAAUGUGGUGCCUGAAGCUCAGCUAGCCCUAACACAACCCGCACCACUCGUCCUCUUGUCCCCCUCUCUCCUACGCACCCACAGCCGCCGCCCUCUCCCUCCCUCAGAUCUCGAUCCGCCGCCGCCCUCUCCCUCCCUCAGAUCUCGAUCCGCCGCCGCCCCCAAACCCACCCCCCCGUCGACGACCCUCACCGUAGACGUGGUGCUGUGGCGCCGAGGCCGGGCCGACCUGAGCGCCCUACUCUUAGCGACCGUCGUCGCCUCCUGGAUCCUAUUCCACGGCGCCUCCGGAUACACGGCCGUGUCACUGGCCGCCGACGUGCUCCUCCUCCUCCUGGUCGUGCUGUACACGUGGUCCAGGGCCGCGCGCCUCCUCGGCCACCUCGCGCCUUCGUGGCCCUCAUCGUCAUCACCUCGCUCCAGAUCCACCACCACCACCUCAAGGUGGAUCUCGGCAGGUCCGACUACGCCGAGGCCAUGGCCAGGCAGCAGCAGCGGGAGGGGGACGGCGGCAAGGGGAAGGCGGCGGCCCGCUGGAACUGGAACCGGAGGACCAGCGCCGAGGGCCUGCCGCACGGGAUCGUCCAGACCAGCUCCGACAUGUUCCUCCGCCCGCUCUGGGACCCCGCCGCCAAGCGCGCCAUCCCCAAGGUACCAGAGGCUGACUAGGUACUCCAUUGACAUCUCUAGCUCCCACAUGUCGCCCCUAGGCUGGAGUGCCCUCUCGUGGGCGAUCGGCAUCCUCCUGGUGGCGCCGCUCCUCACCCAGGUUGCGCACCACCUUGACCGUGGCCAGUACCAGUCGCUCAUCCUCAUCGCUGUGAUGUCGUUCGGCUCCUUCUUCGGCCUGCUCACUGGCUUCAUCAAAACGGUCUGGGUGUUCCUGUUCUACAUCCUCUUCAUCACCGCAUCCAUCAUCAUUGUUGAGGCGGUGCACACCCGCAACCUCGGGCUGGUGAUCCGCGGCCUCGCCACUCAUGACUCGGGCAAGCACCUUGUCCUGCGCCGCGUGCUGCUGCUAGCCAGCUCAGCCUCUACUGCACCGCCAUCAGCGGCAUCAGCGCUGCCCUCAUGGCUGCAUUCAUGUACCACAUGCCGAGGCGCACUGACUAGCUCACCGGCCUCUGGGUCGUUUCCAUCUCCAAUGGCAGAGCUGAAGGUUCUUGCACAUCAGAAGUUAUCCAGGCACUUCCUUUUCUUAAAAAGGCAUAUGGCAGUGCUAUGCAGAAGGUUCUCCAUGUUGGCCCAGAUAGUUGUACAGUAGUUUCUAACUUGUUGAAAGAAGGGAAGGAAGCAUGGGGAGUGGAGCCUUAUGAUUUGGAGGAUGCUGCUUGUGCUGGGAGUGAUUAUUCUGAUCAUCUAUUUCAACAGCGGCUUAGGGGUGUUGCAAACUCUUAGCUUCGAAGCUCAAGUGUGAAGCAAAUGUGAUGCCAUGAAGUGUGAAGCCAAGUGUGAAGACGUGAAGUCCAACUCAGUGAAGAGUAGCAUAUUGUAGCAUAUCUGUUUUGUAAAGAUUGUAAUAGAUUUAUUUAGUGGUAUAUUUGAUGAAUUUUAUGUGUUCUUAGUUCUAUUUGAAAUAUUGAUUAUAUAUGUGAUUUGAAAACUUGUGAAAUGGAAACCUGACCAUUGGGCCCACUUAUGAAAA